CUUCAAAAUUAACAAAUGUAUAUAUAUCACGCUUUCCUUUAGAGCACUGAUUAAUUUAAUGAUUAGUUACUAGACUAGUAGCGAAUAGUGUUAAUUUUAGAAGCGGGAGAUUUAAAAUGAAAAAUGUAUGGUAUUUGUUAAACGGUAGUUUACACAAGCACGAUAGCUAAUAAGCGAGAUAAACGAUGUUCAUUUCGAGUAUAGAGUAAACACACAAUUCAUUGUUGGGGGGUCUUGAUUAUUUUCAUAAAAGCUGCUUAGCCGCGAUGUAUAAAAUCUAGGAUAAUAUCAUAAACGGGCCAGUUCGUAACUACACUUCUUUACGUGCCUUAAAAAAACAGGAGGGAACAUGGCCAAAACAAAAAUGUCUGGAAAACUAAUUUUGGGUAUCGACAUAGGAACGACUUCCGUAAAAGUAGUCGUUUACAAUUCGGAAACGAAAGAAGUAAUCGCGAAGCAAGAUAAAGACACCCAAUCCAACGUUCCUAGCGAUCAAGGAUUAGAUGGAAACAAACAGGAUGUAACUAAAAUAAUAUCCGCUCUAAACAUAUGCGUCGCUAAAUUGCCUAAAGAUCUUCUUCGUCAGAUUACAAAAAUUGGUGUAUGUGGUCAAAUGCAUGGAAUAAUGCUUUGGGACACCGGAAGUGAUUAUAACGCAUGGGAACGUGUUGAAAAAGAUGGAAAUCUUCUCCGUUUCAAUGUAUUGGAAGAUAAAGUUUCCGCCCUUUACACCUGGCAAGAUAACCGUUGUGAUUUAGAAUUUUUAACGAAUUUGCCACCUGCUAAAUCUCAUUUACCAGUUCAUACCGGUUACGGCGUAGCCACAUUAUUCUGGAUGGUAAAAAACCGUCCGAAAAAAUUAGAAAAAUUUAAUUGCUCAGGAACGAUUCAAGAUUUUGCCGUAGCGAUGUUGUGUAAUUUAAAAAAACCGGUGAUGUCGGUUCAAAAUGCUGCUAGUUGGGGAUAUUUCGAUUGCGUCGAAAUGAAGUGGAAUGAUGUUUUAGGAGAAUCCCAAUUUCCUGUUGCUUUAUUACCUCAAGUGAAACAAAGCGGUGAUGUGGCUGGUUGUUUAGCUGAGUGUUGGCAUACGAUUCCGAGUGGAACACCUGUUGGCGUUGCUCUCGGCGAUUUGCAAUGUUCCGUUUUGGCUACGCUCGAACAAGAGACAACUGAUGCGGUUUUAAACAUAUCAACGUCCGCCCAAAUGGCUUUUAUAGCUAAAGAUUACGUACCUGAAAUUCCAUCAGAAUCUUCCUUACAACCAGUACAGUAUUAUCCAUUUUUUGAUGGAAGAUAUUUAGCUGUUGCAGCUUCGUUAAAUGGUGGCAAUGUUUUAGCGACUUUUGUUAAAAUGUUACAACAAUGGACUAUGGAAUUAGGUUUUUCAGUCCCACAAUCUAAGGUGUGGCAAAAAAUUUUAGAAUUAGGACUUGAGGAAUCUUCCGUUUCAAAUUUACGAAUCCAACCGACUUUAUUAGGCGAAAGACAUUUAUCGGAAAACGGAGCAACAGUUUUAAAUGUUAACAUAGGAAAUUUGGGUUUGGGCCAAGUUUUUAGAGCUUUAUGUCACGGGUUAUUGGAAAAUUUACAUAGUAUGAUGCCGAGGGAAGUUUUAGAAGCGGCUAAUAUCGAACGAAUCGUCGGAAACGGAUCGGGAUUAUCAAGAAAUAAAGUAUUACAACUCGAGGUGCAACACUUUUAUCAACUUCCGCUUGUUUUCACUACCGGGGGUGAUGCGGCUAAAGGAGCAGCCAUUGCUAUGACCCUAAUUGAAAAUAAUCAGGGAUGAAUUAAUAAAUUAAAAGAUAGUAAUGUUUAAGUAACGCUUUUUUAUGAUUAUUUUUUUAAGUUUGCGUUAAAGUGCAAUAAAACCUCGAUAUAACAGCUUAAUACGGGGAAAAGAGUGUCUACGAUUUAUACAUCGUAUAGACAACUCGGGGAAUACCACGAAUUGGAUUCAAUCUAUGAGUGCUAAAAUUUAUUUAUAAAUAUAUUGGUAUAUUAAAUAGAUAAUGUUAAUAGUACGACUUAAAAAUAUAGAGGUUUUACUGUAUUAUUGUUAUUUUCAUAAGAUUCUUUUGUGCCAUAUUUAGAAUAAGAAAAUAAAAAUAUGUUUUUAAU